AUGUCUCUUGUGUCGGAAGGGGUCGCUGUUGGCAAACAGAAGGGGCACCAAGUGACGAAACGGGUGCUCCCAGUGCGGCCUGCACAGCGAAAGGGUCAACUGUCAAAGAGGACGCAGUUUGUGCGGGCGCUCAUCAGGGAGGUUGUUGGGUUCGCGCCCUACGAGCGACGAAUCAUGGAGCUAUUACGGAUCGGCAAAGACAAAAGGGCACUCAAGUUUGCGAAGAGACGCCUUGGUACCCAGACCAGGGCCAAGAGGAAGAUCUCGGAGCUCGCAGACGCGUUACGGAGGCGCUGA